GCUGCCGGAGCUGCGCCGCCGUGAGCGACGGGUGGGACAGCAGCCGCAGCGGCAUGGCGGCGAGCCGGCGACCGAAUGAUACGUGGGCCUGGGCCCCUAAUAGGAGGAUGUGGAAGUAGAUUGCCGGCAGGCCCACGGACCCAGCCCAACCGAAGCGUAGAGUGGAAGGUAACCAAGGACAGAAGCGACUUCUUCUCCAUUAGUGGGUGGGGAGCGGAGCCAACUGCCAAGCGUCCUGCGAGCGGGAGGAAGACGAAGGAGAAGCAAUGGCUCGCGCGGGGCAAGGAGGCGGGAUGGGGAGCGCGGUGAACGUGGGGAUCGCGGUGCAGGCGGACUGGGAGAACCGCGAGUUCAUCUCCAACAUCUCCCUCAACGUCCGCCGCCUCUUCGACUUCCUCCUCCGAUUCGAGGCCACGACGAAGAGCAAGCUGGCGUCGUUGAACGAGAAACUAGACAGCCUGGAGCGGAAGCUGGAGGUGCUGGAGGUCCAAGUGAGCAGCGCCACCACCAACCCCUCCGUUUUUAACAACUAGCUAAGCCUAAUUAGCUAGAAGAAGUGCUAGCACGCGGAGUUGCAGCUGCAGGGCUUACUGACGUUUCAGAGGAGCAUUCUGGCUUUGAGUUGUGUGUUUCCUGUGUGUGUGCAGUCAAUCAGUCUGUUUAUGUAUGUAUGUACGUGUCAUGUACUACAAUUAAUUGAUUGAGAUGUUAAUUACAUGUCUUUCUGUA